AUGGGUUCCUCUCCAUUCACCAUGAGGUCGAUCCUCGCUCUUUUCCUACUUGUGGUGCAACUCGCCUCCGCCCUCAAGUUCGAUCUCCCCGCCAACUCGGGCAAGACUGAGCGAUGCAUCCGCAACUUUGUCUCGAAGGACCAGCUGGUCGUAGUGACGGCCAUUGUGAGCGGCCAAAAGGGUGAUGGCCAGAAAGUCAGCAUGCACAUCAAGGAUGCGAUGGGCAAUGACCACGGUCGUCCUAGGGAUAUCGUUGGCGAGGUGCGCCAGGCUUUCACUUCGACUGCUGACACCGCAUUCGACGUGUGUCUCGAGAACCAGCUCGUCGGUCGCAACGCCAUCGCCAACCCCUCCCGCGAAAUCGAUCUCGAUGUCGAGAUUGGCGCCGAUGCCCGCGACUGGUCCUCCAUCCAAGCGCAAGAGAAGCUCAAGCCCGUCGAGACCGACCUCCGCCGCAUCGAGGAGAUGGUCGCCGACAUCGUCACGGAGAUGGAUUACCUCCGCGCGCGUGAGCAGCGUCUCCGUGAUACCAACGAGAGCACCAACGAGCGGGUGAAGUGGUUCGCCUUCGGCACGAUGGGCAUGCUCGUUGGCCUGGGUGCCUGGCAGGUUGUCUAUCUGCGGGCCUACUUCCGGUCUAAGCAUCUCAUUUAA